CUUAGGCAUGUCCCGUGUCACGUGACCAUUUGCGGAAGUUGUAGUUAUCGUCGUCUGUCAGAGCUAAUGCUAUAUAUUUGUAGUUGUGUAAACACUGCCGUUAAUGAAAGACCAGAUUCAAAAAGAAGACAUGAACGUGUCUGCACAAGAAGAAUGCGCUCGAUUCCUGGACGAAAAACUGCUGACUUUUAUGGACCAGUUGGAAUUACUGGAGGAAAAACGAGCUCGUUUUAACACACUCAUCGAGCAGGGAUGGUUUUCCAUUUCCAAGUCACGGUACUCCAUGGGAAACAAACAUGUGUCAGCUCUUCAAUAUGCAAGUGAGAUAGUGCCACUGGUUUCUGUCAAUGUAAGAACACUCAACAAUGACAAUAUUGAGUUCUACACAAAAAGAGAGUCACAAAAGCCUCAUGAUGAGAGUAAAAGUGGGACAUCUGUGGAAGACAUUGGGCCACAAGAGGAAGGCAUCAGAAGAAGAAAUACAACAAAAAAAGACAGCAGUGAAAAGGAAGCAGUUGAAGAAUUAAGUAUUAACAAUACAUCUGAAGACAUUCCAACUACAAAAAGUGAACAGAAUCUUCAACAAAACCCACUUAAAUGGUUUGGGAUUUUGGUGCCACAGUCCCUGAAACAAGCUCAGUCGUCAUUCAACCAAGUAAUCGAGCUGACUGCUGAGAUUGCAACUCUUCAGGUGGCAAUUAUCAACACCAGACAGGAGUUAAAGGACCACAUUCAGAAGAAGGUCACUGCAUCCUUGUUGGAAAAGAAUCCCUAAAAAUGGAUGCUGGAAAAAGACUGUUGUUUUCAGUAAGGUGUAUCCAUGUAGAUGUAUUAGUCUGACAGCACGCAGUGGUUAACACAUCAACCUCACAGUCUGAAGAUAUGGCUUUGAGUCGCCAGUGGGACAUUCCUGUGUGGCGUUUGCACACCUUGCAUACACAGGUUUACACCGGGUACUCCAGCUACCUCCUAUAUCUGCAAGACAUGCAUGUAAGGUUAAAUUGACCUUAUCUUUUGGAAUAGGCUACAGCACAAGCAUGUGACCCUAAUAAGGACAAGUGCAAUACAAUAUUGAUGGAUAGAUGGGAUUUAGUAUCCAUCCGUUUUCUACCGCUUGUCUCUCUUAGAGCCUAUACCAGCUGUCACGGGGAGAACAUGCAAGCUCCACACAGCCCCUGAGCUUGGUAUUUGAACCCAGGACCUUCUCGCUGUGAGGCACAAGUUCGAACCACUGCGUCACUGUGCUGCCCUUUUUUUUUUCUUCUUCUUCUUUGUCAUGAAAAAGGGAGGAUUUUGUGGUUUUUGCACUAAUUGUAAGUGUAUAUUGUGUUUUUUAUGUUGAUUUAUUUAAAAAAAAAAAUAAAUAAAAUAUAUAUAUAUAUAUAUUUUUUUUUGUUAAUAAAAAAUUCUUCUGCGGCCCGGUACCAAUCGGUACCACUGCUCUAACCCUUACCAAAUAACUCUAAAUGAAGUCUUUGUUACAUGGAACAUGUUCCCCUAGUGUCCAAAAAACUCCAACUUAAGUCUUUGUUACUUAAAAUAUGUUCCCCAUACUAAAGUGUUACCAAAAAUAUAUAACUUUGGCUUGAUUUUGAAAAAAAAGAAAACAUUUUAUUUUUCACUAAAGAAGGGUUCUGUGAAUGCACAUAUGAAACUGGUAGGGUUCGGUACCUCCAAAAAGGUUAAGAACCACUGCCUUAACUCAACAAUGAGUAGAUAAGUGUUAUAAAGUGUGUAAAUGUGUAAAUAAAUGAACACUGAAAUUCAA